UUUUUACUUUCCUUCUUUCUUGUAGAGAAAAAAAAAAAGACCAAAAAAACUUUGAAUAAAAUAAAAUAAAUAAAAAUGCUUUGGCGCUGGUGCUAUUGAACAACAAUAAGAACUACAAUUUUUUAACAAAUAUGACCGACUGUCAUCCGAUCAUAACAACCACACAUGGUUGUGUCAAAGGGCUCUUGAAAUGUUCAGUUUAUAAUGACAAUUACUAUAGCUUUGAGAAGAUACCGUAUGCUCAGCCUCCUAUAAAUAAUUUACGCUUCAAAGCACCGGAGCCUGUAACCCCUUGGGUGGAAGUGCGAGAAUGCUUUCAAUUAGAUGUUAGACCAAUGCAACAAAAUUACUUCAAAAAGAUUGUUGAAGGUUCUGAGGAUUGUUUGUAUUUGAAUGUCUAUACGAAGAAGUUGAUUAGUUCAAAACCUUUGCCGGUUAUGAUUUAUUUGUAUGGAGGAGCUUUCGAAUUGGGCGAUGCGACCACAAAUAAUUUGGGGCCAGAUUAUUUUAUGAUGGAAGAUGUGAUAUUAGUUACCAUGAAUUAUAGGCUGGGGCCCUUAGGAUUUCUUAGUUUUGAGGAUCCUUCUCUCGAUAUACCUGGUAAUGCCGGUUUAAAAGAUCAAUUAAUGGCCAUAAAAUGGUUUAAAGAAAAUUGCCUUAAGUUUAAUGGUGAUCCUGAUAAUAUAACCUUGUUUGGUGAAAGUGCCGGCUCGGCAGCCGCUCAUUUGCUAAUGAUGAGCGAAAAAACAAAAGGGCUCUUUCAUAAAGCCAUACUAAUGUCGGGUACAAUAAAUAAUAAAUGGGCCUGCGUACCGCCAGGAAAUUAUGCUCAUCGUUUAGCUAAAGCUACUGGCUACGACGGGGAAUAUUCGGAUCCGUUAAUAUUAAAACAUUUACAACAAAUACCAUCUGAUCAGCUAACAAGUGUCGAUGUACUAACUGAAGAGGAAAUAUUUAAUGAUGUUGCCUUUGUUUGGGGCCCUAUAGUAGAACCUUAUGAUAGUCCUUCUGCUUUAAUAACACGCAGCUUAGAUAAAUUGCUUACCACUAGCUGGUCCAAUGAAAUCCCCCUGAUUCUGGGUGGUACAUCGUUUGAAGGUCUACUUAAGUUGCCGAGCAUUAAGAAAAGACCGCAACGUAUAGAGAUAUUAAACGAGAAGCCUGAACUAAUCGUUCCUCAAGAUAUCCGAUUAAAACAAACCUUAGAAGAGUCUCAAAGUUUGGGAAGACAAAUCUUGAAAAUGUAUUUUCAUAACAAAGAUAUGAAUAUUGAAAAUGUUUUCAAUUAUUUAGAGAUUCUCUCGUACACUCGUUAUUGGAUAGGGUUCCAAUUUACCAUAUUUCAACGUUUACGUUAUGCUACGCGUGCCCCUACCUACAUGUAUCGUUUUGACUUCGAUUCUCCUAACUUUAAUUUAUAUCGUGUAAAAUAUUGCGGUCGCGAGGUAAGAGGUGCUGCGCACGCCGAUGACGUUUCUUAUUUAUUUUAUUGUCGACGGGCGUGGAAGCUGCCUCUAGAUAGCCUCGAAUAUUUGACUAUACGACGUAUGAUCGGUAUGUGGACUUCAUUUGCUAGUACCUCCAAUCCGAAUUGCAAAGAAAUUCAAUCAUCUGAAUGGACCUGCGUGAACGAUAAGCAACCCUUCGCGGCACUUAAUAUAAGCGAUGAAGUGCAAAUGUUAGAAGAGUUACCCGAAACAGAGAAGUUAAAAUUUUGGUUGAGCCUUUAUAAUGAAUAAUUCAAGUAAAUAAAAGAAGAGCUUAUUCACACUCGUGCUUGGUUUAGAUAACCCUUCACUUAUUUAGUUAGAACCCGGUUUAACCUGACUUAUAAUCAUUAUUAAAGCCGGACAAAUCAAUACUAAGAUUAAAGUCAUCAAGCACUACCAUACUUGAGGCUUGAACACACGAACAUUGAAUUGUUAGUCGAGUUAGUCGAGCGGAUUAUCCGGAAAUCGAAACACUUGAGAAAGCUUUAUUUUUUUUUAGGACUGUACUAGAUUAGAAAGAUAUGAAAAAGAAAUUGAGCCGGUUUUUUCUGAAUUUUGUUUUUUUAAUAACGAGUGCAUUCCAUAUGCAAGGAAUUCAGGAACCGUUAUCCAUUUCUUGCAGCUUGUAAUACACUAAACACUAAUACACUACUGGCUAAUCCUGUCUAACACAACUGUUACUGACCCUUUGAUAU